AUGGACUCUCAAUAUAAGCCUAUUGAUCCGAAAAGUGAAUCCUCAAAAGACGCGUAUAAUACUGUCUUUCAGACACUCAGAUUCAUUAUUGCUAAUCCAGAUAAAGGUGACGCUGCAGCUCAAAUGCUUUCAAAGUCAAAAGUUUUCCAAGAGAGACUACCUAGUCUCGAUCUAAACACAAGAAGGCCAUCCAAACAGGCUAGAGCCUUUUUCGAGCAUUUAAAACGAUAUCUGAACAUGUACCACCCAGAUGCUGGUUUUGAAUUGGGGGAAACAUUGCGUUAUGCUAAUUCCAAAAAAGCAGAGGCAUGUAUCCUCGCGACUAAACAUUGGAUUAAAGGCGAGAUUAUACGAUAUUGUAAUGGAAUUCUGGUCGAGCUAACCAAGGAAGAGGAGUCAAAGUUGGACGAUGAAAAAGAUUUUUCUAUAAUCGCCUCAGAACGCAAAAAGAAAAGUUCUAUUUAUGUUGGACCUGGUCGCUUUGUUAAUCAUGAUUGCGAUCCGAACACCGAAUUUUAUAUACAAGGAUCACGGAAUAUUGUCUCUUUUCAAGUCUUAAAAGAUAUUGAAAUAGGCGAAGAGAUUACUUGUUCCUAUGGAACAGAUUAUUUUGGAGAUAACAACUGUGAAUGCUUAUGUCUGACUUGCGAAAGGCAAAAGAUGGGUGCUUUUGCGGAUAAAAAAGGCAAAGAGCCUGCACAUCUGAAUACUUUUGAUGCCACUGACAAUAAUAAUCCAGAGGAACUACAACCACAAUCUCCGGAGAUUGGCGUGCGUACAAGAGGAUAUCAUAGAGUACACUCUACUCAAAAUGCGAAGCAACCAAAGAAUAUGUCGACUUCUGCUAGUUCAUCGAAGACCCCAAAUAGUCAAUGUCAAGCAGCACCUUCAUCAAAAAGGCAAGCUCCGAUUGUGCAAUCUCAAAUUCCAAAUUCUCCGAGACUUCAACAGUCGAAGUCACUGCAAUCUAUGUUAAAGCAACCUCCUUUAACACAAUCUCGGUCUGAAGAAUCAAUGCAACGAUGUAAUAAUAAGUCUGAACGGACACCAAAUUUCAAUGUUCAUAAUACGCGACCAACCAAUUUGGCGCAUAUUAAUUCUCAAAGUCGAUCACAAAACGGAUUUUCUACUCCGCGAAUACAAAUGCAUUCAACUGGCUCUCAACACAUCUUGAAUCAAUCUCAAUUCAGUCAUGAAAAUAUACGUCAAGGACGAUUUCAGCAAUCCAGUUCUUUACACUUAUCUACUACGAAUAAUGUUCAGUCUAAUCACGCCGUCAAUCGAAUGAGCUUUCCAUGGUCAGUUUCUCAAACAGUACGUCCUGGACAAAUUGUGACCACCGGAUGUUCUUUUACUACUAGUUUUUGUGUGUCCACGACACCUGGUAACGCGCAGCCAAUAAUUAUACCUCAACAUGUACUGGAAUAUACAGCGAUGCAAGCAUCCAAUAUUCGAAAAAAAGCAUCAAAUCAUCGGAUGUCUGUUAAUUAUCUUAUAAAUAACGAAGAUGUCGAAAUAAAUCAUCCAUCUAAUCAAAAUCAGCCAUGUCAGAAUAGAGGAUGCAGUAAUAUAAAUGUUCCGGAUGAUCGCAUAUGUUUCAGGUGUCGUCGACAUUUUAAAAUAUUUCGGAUUAACUGGCCUAUGCGAGUUCUUUCAGAAGAACCAGAUGAGCCCCCAAUAAUAAAAAAGCCUAUGCUUUGCGCGCGCAAAAAUCCACCAAAGCAAGAUUUAGCAAAUAAAACGGCACGCAAACCAAUAAAUAAAAGAAAGAGGAGAGUUGAGGUUGAAGAGGAUAAAGAGGAAUUGCCAGAUGUGGUGAUGGAAGAUGUUUUGGAGGUGGAACCACUUGUAAAGGGAGAGGGGGAUGUUGACGAGGAGAGGCCAUUGAAAAGGAAAAGAGUGGAGAACGGCCUUGGCAGUGAGCUCCGAUUUGCUAAAAAUGCGACUGUGCGGCAGGCAGUUACUAAUGAAUCAACUGCUGGGGCUCGUAAGGAAGAAUGUAGGCGUUGUGGGUAG